AUGGUUCUCGUCGCCGGCGAGGGGGCGAGCUGUCAGACUCCGCCCCCUCCUCUCUGCAGCAUGGCAGCCUCGCCACUGCCGCUGCUGCUCGUGCCCAUGUGCGGCCAGCACGGCUGCUGCUCGCGCCUGUGCGCAGCCACCGCGGCUGCUGCUCGCGUCCGUACGCCCGUGCAGCAUAUGGGGGGUCGGCAAGGCGCACCACAGAGCUCUGCCGCUGCUCGCGCCCGUGCGCGGCCACCGCAGCUGCUGUUCGCGCUCGUGCACCCGUGCAGCAUAUGGCGGGUCGGCACAGCGCACCACAAAGCUCUGCCACUACUCGCGCCCGUGCGCCCGUGCCGCGUAUGGGGGGUCGGCAAGGCGCACCGCAGAGCUCUGCCACUGCUCGCGCCCGUGCGCGGCCACCACGGCUACUGUUCGCGCUCGUGCGCCCGUGCAACAUAUGGCUGGUCGGCAAGACACACCGCAAAGCUCUGCCGCUACUCGCGCCCGUGCGCCCAUGCCGCAUAUGGCGGGUCGGCAAGGCACACCGCAAAGCUCUGCCGCUGCUCGCGCCCGUGCGCGGCCACCGCGGCUGCUGCUCGCGCCCGUGUGCUCGUGCAGCAUAUGGCGGGCCGGCAAGGCACACCGCAGAGCUCUGCCGCUGCUCGCGCCCGUGCGCGGCUGCUGCUCGUGCCCGUGCAGCAUAUGGAGGGUCGGCAAGGCGCACCGCAGAGCUCUCCCGCUGCUCGCGCCCGUGGGAGGCCACCGCGUCUGCUGCUCGUGCCCGUGCGCCCGUGCAGCAUAUGGCGGGUCGGCAAGGCGCAGCGCAGAGCUCUGCCGCUGCUCGCGCCCGUGCGUGGCCACCACGGCUGCUGCUCGCGCCCGUGCGCCCGCGCAGCAUAUGGCGGGUCGGUAAUGUGCACCGCAGAGCUCUGCCGCUGCUCGCGCCCGUGCGCCCAUGCAGCAUAUAUGGCAGGUCAGCAGGGAGGCGCACUGCAUAGCUCCGCCGCUGCCCCAUGUCGUGCCCUCCACCGCCCCCGCCCGGCACCAGCGCUUGCGAAAUCAGCUUCUGCUCCGGUGUUCGGCUCCCCCAGCAGCUUCGCGCCCGCAAAAGCUGUUGCUGCCGGUGCUUUGGCGCCCGCGGCAGCUGCUGCUCUAGGGUGGAAGGGGGCAGCGCUAAGGGCAGGCCAUGGCACAUGA